AUGGUAGGGGAGAGGUUGGUGAUGCAUCAGGAGAAGUUGAAGCGGAUUGCCCUUGCAAAUAAACAAGCUCUCAAGGGUAAUGGAAUACCAUCAUUAUUCAGCAGAGAGUUCAAGUUGCAGCCUCGUGUUAAAGUUGCAGUGGGGAAUGAUUGUUACCUUCAAGUUGAUAUCCUUCUUGAAUAUAUCAUAGGAGGAGGGCUAACUUACCGAGCUCGCACUGCAUGCACUUACCUAUCCUUCUUGUUUCAUCGUAAAAAUAUACCUACUGGGAGUGGAACCAUUGAUGCAAGGAAUAUAAAAAUUGAAAAAGUUUUAGAGAAAUCAUGGGAACUGAAAUCAAAUUCUAAGGCUCUUUACAUAUAUUGCAUACAAGUUUCUGAGAAUCUUUAUUUGCAGCAGCCAACCAAACCACCUAUCAGAUUAUAG